AUGGUUUCGAGCAACGUUUCUCCAACUGAAACUCAGAAAGAGAUACUUUGUCGUCUUAAGACCCUGUUGUUUGAUGUCGACCUGUUAACUGCAUCUUUGGUAUUUGUUAGCUUUGUGAUGGAGUUUUAUGCCUUCUCGGAUCAACUCUUGGUCGACCUUGCUCGCAAGAAUGAUGCCCAAACAAAGAAGUUACUCAUAGAACAAACUCAAGCUCAAGAAUUGGUUUUAGUGACAUCGUCUUUAGCCAGACUGGAGGCUUUGCAGAAAACGCUUAAUCAUGAGAAGUCUGAAUUUAAAGACAGAGUUGUCGACAUAUCCAAAUGGAAGAAACAGAUUUAA